AUGUUGGUGACGCUUGUUUUCCUAGCGUUUGGAUUUUUUGUGUUUUCUGUUCAUUGUUGUUCCGAAAACAUACUUCAUGGAUACCUGUUGGAUGGUUUUACUACUGAGAAAAUACCAAACAUUGGUGUCCAUGUCUGUAUUAAAGAAUGUCUUUUACGAAGACACUGUAUGUCCAUCAAUUAUAAUAAAAAAGAGUUUGCUUGCGAAAUAAAAAACAAAACGGCAGAAAUUAGCUUGGAAGGGACUUUACACAGUGAUUACAUUUUCGCCAAUGUUGUAAAUUCUUCUGAGAUAUCUUUGGGAAACUGUAGAGAUUGGAUAUGUCCAUCUUCAUUCAAAUGUGUGAACACACACGAUAGUGUCACGUGUAUAUCAACAGCAUGUGCACCAGGGACCUAUGGGAAGGAUGGUCAAUGCAUACCAUGUUCAGUUGGACAGUAUAGCACCGGAAGUGGACUUCAUUGGUGUUCGAUGUGUCAGCCAGGGUCGUAUCAAGAUCAGUUCGGGUCAAGCUUUUGUCAUCCAUGUCCCGCUGGAACUUAUCAAACGAAUCAAGGAAAAGAUACCUGCCUUUCCUGUUCUACUGGUAGAUAUAGUGCGGUCACUGGUAGUUGGCAGUGUCGUCAAUGUCCUCCAGGGACUUAUCAGGAUACAGUUGGAUCAAGUCAUUGCAAAUUAUGUCCUGCUGGUACCUAUCAACCUAACUACGAAGAGGAAACUGCAGGUCAAUUGUACUACAAUGAAAACUGUCUAACCCGACACCUGUUUAAUCCGUCACAGUGUUAA